AUGGAUCCAGCUUUGGAAAGUUUGUUUAAGUCGUCAGGCUUCUGCUUCGACAAUUAUGGAAGAAAUGCCGCACUGAAGAAAAUGGGAAUUAUACCUCCGAAGGCGCUGUCGACUGGUACCACUAUUGCUGGAACGCUGUUUAAGGAUGGUGUCGUUCUCGGUGCCGAUUCGCGCGCCACCAAUGGCCAAGUAAUCGCUGACAAGCAUUGCAUUAAGUUGCACUACUUAUCUGACUCUAUAUUUGCGUGCGGUGCUGGCACAGCAGCGGAUCUUGAUCAAGUGACCGCCAUGCUCCGGGCAAACCUUACUCUGAUGGAAUUGAACACUCGCCGAAAACCACGAGUUAUCAGUGCCCUGCGUAUUGCAAAGCAGCACUUGUUCAAGUACAUGGGUUAUGUCGGUGCAUAUCUGAUCAUUGCCGGUUUCGACUGUACUGGUGCACAUCUCUACUCCGUUCAUGCGCAUGGCAGCACCAGCAAAGAUCCAUUCAUAGCAGACGGUAAAGUAUAAAC